AAGGAGCACUCCAGCAAGAAGGCCUCCCGUAAUCCCCUCAACAACCCACCUUAACCCACCAAGUCCCUAAACCUAAUCCCUUCAACCUACCCUCCUUAAUCUCCAAAUCCUAAAUCCUAUCCCCUCCCUUCCUACCACCAUGUUGAAAAUCUUACAAGCCAACCUCCAACACGCGAAGGCAUCCAGUGCCAUUGCGUGCAAGGUCCUCCAAGAGGAUGGACUGGACAUGGCUUUGUUACAAGAACCGUGGAUCCAUGGAAACACGGUACUGGGACUGACCGCUGCAGGAUUCUGCACUGAUGACCUAGUAGCGGCACAUGUAAUGCUGCCCGGCUGUGAGGGCAUGAAGCUCAUUGUUAGCUCGGCCUACCUGCCCGGGGAGCACACAGAUCCGUCGAUUGCCCUCGCUCCACUGGUGGAGUACUGUGAGGACCAAAAUGCCCAGCUUGUGAUAGGGGCCGAUUGCAAUUCCCAUCACACAGCCUGGGGCAGUACGGAUACCAAAAAGAGAGGUGAGAUCUUGUUCGACUUCCUCCUGACUAACAACCUAUUAACACUCAAUGAUGGCAACACACCAACUUUCGUCACACGCGCGCGUCAGGAGGUUCUAGAUGUAACAAUCUGCACAGGUCUACUUGAAAGACGUGCUUGCAACUGGCAUGUCUCGAAAGAGGCAUCCAUGUCUGAUCACAGACACAUACGAUUCGACAUUGCUCUCAUAGGGAAGAGCCAAGUGGAGACCUUCAGAAACCCGAAGGCUACAGACUGGGACGUUUAUCGACACCAAGUUUCGGAAAACCUAGGGGUUAUGAGAGGCUCCGUCAAAUCCACACAGCAACUCGAAUCAACAGUAGAGGAGCUCGGAAGGUGCAUGUUAGAUGCCUACGAGAACAGUUGCCCUCUAAAAACUAGAUGCUCUAACACUAAGGUCCCCUGGUGGAACUCUAACCUGGAGCAUCUAAGAAAAACAGCUCGGAAAGAAUUCAACAGGGCUAAAAUCACGAAGCAAUGGGAUUUGUAUAGGAAAGCCCUCACUGAAUUUAAUCGCGAGCUCCGGAAGGCGAAAAGGCAAUCUUGGAGGCGCUUCUGUGAAGAGGCUAUGGAAAAGGUGAUCAAUCUUCACAUUAGAACGGGCUACCUCACACAAAACCCACUGCAUGUGAAGCAGCACGCCUAUCAAAAGGGCAAAUCUACGGAAACUGCCCUUAUUGAACUUACUGAUAGGAUUGAGAAAGCACUAGAGGACAAAGAAAUUGCCCUCUGUGCUUUUCUAGAUGUAGAGGGCGCUUUUGAUAACACCUCGACGAAUGUCAUUCUCAAAUGUAUGAGGGACAAAAACAUCGAUAACACAACACUAGCGUGGGUAGAAUCGAUGUUAACCAACAGGACUGUUAAAACAACACUCCUGGACAAGAGCAUUGAGGUUAAAAUAACAAGAGGAUGUCCCCAAGGCGGCGUACUAUCGCCCCUGGAGUGGUCCAUUGUUGUAGACACCCUGCUCUGCGAGCUCAAUGAAGCUCGCUUCGACACUCAGGGCUACGCUGAUGAUCUCGUUAUAACCAUCGUAGGCAAAAGCGCCAGCACGAUUUCAGAUCUGAUGCAAAGAGCCCUAAAGAUGGUAGAGCGCUGGUGCAGGGAGUAUGAACUCUCUGUAAAUGCCAGCAAAACCAUAAUUGUACCGUUCACCCGAAGAAGGAUCCUAGAUGGUCUGAGACCACCUGAUUUCUUUGGGGAAACGGUAAACUUCUCCAAAGAAGCCAAAUAUCUUGGUGUAAUCCUAGAUCAGAAGCUGACUUGGAAUCAACAUCUGCAGUACAUAGCCCAGAAAGCUAAAUGCGCUAUGGGAUCGUGCUGUAGACUAGUUGGGAAAAAAUGGGGCCUAAAGCCGAAGUUAACUCUUUGGCUAUACGAAGCCGUAGUGAGACCUAUGGUAACAUACGGCUGCGUAGUAUGGCACAGGAAAACCCAACAAAAAACCUGUCAAGCUGCAUUAAGUAGUCUUCAAAGGUUAGCGUGUCUGAUGGCCACUGGAGCUAUAAGGUCCACUCCGACAGCAGCGAUGGAAGCCAUGCUGAAUCUUAGCCCUUUACACAUACAUGUGCAGAAAGAGGCUCGAUCAGCUAUGCUACGGGCUGCUGAAGGAGGCAGGAACCGAUGGCACUCGGCUGUGUUCAGCUCGCUCCACCGAGAGCUUCUCAGUACCCAUGCCAUGGCGAUGCCUUCCGACGCUAUGGAAACGGAGUACUGUUUUUCAAGGCUCUUUUCAGUUGAGAUACCAGAAAGGGAGAAGUGGAAUGAUGAUAAGGCCCUUCAAACUUUCCGGUCGGGAGACAUCGUGUGGUACACCGAUGGAUCCAAAAAGGAAGGCCUGGCAGGUUCAGGCAUUUACGGAGAAAGGCCAAGAGCACGCAAAUAUGCGAGCCUGGGAAGGUUUGCCUCCGUAUUCCAAGCCGAGAUAUAUGCCAUCAUUGGAUGUGCAUACGAAAACCUGGACAGAGCCUUCACUCGGAGGAAUAUAUUUAUUCUGUCAGACAGCCAAGCUGCUCUUAAAGCAUUGACUUCUGCAGAAGUUAACUCCAAACUUAUAAUGGAGUGCAUCCUCAUCCUGAACAAAAUUGGCGCUAACAACAGAGUGACCCUGCGAUGGGGCCCGGGCAUUGUGGCAUCAAUGGCAAUGAGGAAGCAGAUGAGCUCGCACGUCUGGGAGCAGAAAGCCUACCGUUGGGCCCCGAGCCCAUCAUCGGGCUACCAAAAUGCACCAGUCGUCGCGAGAUCAAGGACUGGGCACAUAACCAAAGCUUAG